UAGAGCUUUAGAGCUUCAGAGCUUCCAGAGCUUCCAGAGCUUCAAGAGCUUCAGAGCUUUAGAGCUUUAGAGCUUCCAGAGCUUCUAGAGCUUCUAGAGCUUCUAGAGCUUCCAGAGCUUCCAGAGCUUCCAGAGCUUCCAGAGCUUCCAGAGCUUCAGAGCUUCCAGAGCGUCCAGAGCUUCCAGAGUUUCAGAGCUUCCAGAGCGUCCAGAGCUUCCAGAGCUUCCAGAGCUUCAGAGCUUCCAGAGCUUCAGAGCUUCCAGAGUUUCAGAGCUUCCAGAGCUCCAGAGCUUCAGAGCUUCCAGAGUUUCAGAGCUUCCAGAGCUUCCAGAGCUUCAGAGCUUCCAGAGCUUCAGAGCUUCCAGAGUUUCAGAGCUUCCAGAGUUUCAGAGCUUCCAGAGUUUCAGAGCUUCCAGAGUUUCAGAGCUUCCAGAGUUUCAGAGCUUCCAGAGCUUCAGAGCUUCCAGAGCUUCCAGAGUUUCAGAGCUUCCAGAGCUUCAGAGCUUCCAGAGUUUCAGAGCUUCCAGAGCUUCAGAGCUUCAGAGCUCCAGAGCUUCCAGAGUUUCAGAGCUUCCAGAGUUUUCAGAACUUCCAGAGCUUCAGAGCUGCUGCAGGAGGAUCUGAGAGGGUUGGGUAAAGAUGAGGGCGGUUGUGGUGGUUCUGAAGGUGGUUCUAGUGGUGGUUCUGUGUGGGUGUGGGGGGGAGGAGGUGGAUGUAAUGAAGCCCACAGUGAACAUCCUCUCUGAGGUUCUGAAGCUCCAGGCCGUGGUGGAGGGACUGACUGCAGAACUGAACACAGUGAGGAACCAACUCACCGAGCACAAGAGCCUCGUGCACCACCUGCAGCAGCAGAUCACCGGAAGUCCUAAAGUGGCGUUUACAGCUUCCAUGAUCUCCACGGAGAACUCCCACAGAGGACCGUUCCCCUCAGAGACCAGACUCAUAUUCGAUAAAGUUCUCACCAACAUCGGAGACGCCUACGACCCAACCACAGGUGUGUUUACAGCCCCGGUUAAAGGUGUGUACUACUUCAGAUACUCCGGGAACGCUUUCGCCGGCAGCGACAUGGGCCUGAGCAUCUUUAAAUCCGGCUCUCGCUUCGUCUCGUCGUACGAGUACGCCUCCGGCUCCGGCUCCGGGUUCGGCGAGAGGAACGAUAACGCCUCUAACGGAGCCGUGAUGCAGCUGGAGGCCGGAGAGCAGGUUCACAUGCAGCUCUGGAUUCGCUGCUGGAUCUUCGUAGAUUACCGAUACAACUACUCCACCUUUACCGGGUACCUGCUGUACCCUCUUUAAUACCACACCGCCACAAAAAUUACUUUCUACCAAAAAAAAAAUACUGAAUACAGUACAAGUCAAAUGCUUGGACACACAAUCAAAAUGUUAAUUUUUUGUAUUUAAUUCCUGGGGUGAAAAGUAACUGUUGCUCUUCCUUUCCUGGGGUGGUCCUGAUGAGGGCCAGUUCCAUCAUCAUAACUUUCAAAGUUCUUGAAAUUCUUCUUCUUUUUUUCUUAAAGUAUUUUUAAGGUGUGGUACUGUUAGUAAAUUCUGUUUGAAAAGUAUUUUUUUGUAUUUUUCUUUACCAGCUUUAAAAUGGCAAUUUUAAAAUGGAAAUUAACUGUGAAAUAAAAAAUAAAAUCUUUGUAAAGUUCAAACAAAAAUUCUGUAAUGUUUUUUUUUUUACAUUGCACUGGUUACAUGAAUUAUUAUUAAAUAUCAUGCUGUAAAACA